UACACUCGGAGAUUGAGCCUGAACGGGAAACGGUAAGUCGGUAACUUUAAUCUUGUAUAGGGACGUCCGGACCUGGCACCCACAACAUUCAGCUGCAUGCCUCUGCUUCAGGAAGCCUCCCGCAAAGCGGCAGGACAACGUCAGCCCUAUAGAAGGAUGUCACCGGUUGCGAGCCAUGAGCCUGAGUGGUCACCCCUGUCAGCCACGUCGCUGCUGCCUUGUUUGUUGCCGCAUCGUUUCGAAGGCUAUCCUAUCUCCGCUGCGUAUAUAACUUCCAAGACGGAGUUAUCCCUCCUUGUCUCCCACUGCCACCACAUCCGGACUUCUUGCUCUUGUAACUUACCCCGCGCUGGUCGCCCUUUUCGCACCUCCAUAUCCAAGCCCACGCAGGCUCACGUUGAAUACACUUCGUGCACUCACCCACGUACGACACAAUCACUCGUUAGUGCGCAUCAUGUCCUCUCAUCUCUUCAUGGCUUCCGACGCCGAUCUGGUGCUGCGUUCGUGCGUACCCAACCCUGUCGACUACCGCGUGCACAAGUGCAUCCUCGCCGCGGCAUCUCCCUUCUUCGCACACAUGUUUGAGCUGCCGCAACCACGCGACGAAUGCAUGGGGGAGCCGAGCGCGCCAAUUGUCGACGUCUCCGAGAAUGCGCGGACGCUCGAGAUGCUUCUCCGCUGCGUAUACCCCGUGCCCAAGCCGACCAUCGACACCUUCGAAGACCUGGCCGCCGUCCUCGAGGCAGCGUCCAAGUACGACCUCAUCUCAGCAAUUGACCAUCUGCGCACGCUACUUGUAGCGCCCCGCUUCGUGGACGCAGACCCUGUGCGUGCGUACGCGAUCGCGUGUCGGUUCGACCUCGAGGCAGAAGCGCGCGUGGUAUCGCGGGCGACGUUGCGCGUGCGCGUGCUCGACGCACCGCUUUCCGAAGACUUGCGACAUAUCUCCGCGUUCGCGUACCAUCGGCUGCUCGCGUUGCAUUCUCAGCGUGCUGCUGCGGCGCAGGAGCUGCUCAUCGUUCCUGACACGGUCAAGUGCAUGAUGUGCAAUGGCACGCACUACGGCGCAUUCUACCCGCCACGUUGGUGGAAGGACUACGAGGCACGCGCCCGCAAGGAGCUCGCGACAUGCCCAACGUCAGACGUCAUCUUCAGCAUGGCGUUCCUCAACGAGUCAGCACGUGCCGGGUGCGAGCGCUGUGCAGGGAGCAUACUUGACGCGCACUGGUUCCUGCAGAAGCUGCGACAGUCAAUCGACGAGCUGCCAGAUACCGUAUGACGUUAGCUACGAGUUCGCAUCAUGGAUCAUGCUUCGUCUCCUGUUGGUUGUCGUUUCAUGGACGUUGUUGAUCUUCUUGUACGUCGCAACUGUGCUGUAUCUCCACUCCCUUUUUACGAUCCGUCACGACCAGCCAAUCAAAUACGGAUAUUGUACAGCCCGAAUCAGUCAUAUCAUGAUUGUCUGAACUGCACUUGCGUUUCAGUUCCUCUAUCUUCAUAGCGACGACUUCGGAAAACGCUGUUUGGUGGCGAACUGUUACAAAUCUGUCCGAGGACGCUGGUAGCUGCUAAUAUGGGUCUGCGGCGCUUAGGAUUUCCGAUUACUCCCCAGAGUCCAGCUUUGUUUCACACUGCAGGCCAGGCAGAAACUAGAGGACUCUGGCAAUCUCGUGCGCGACACCGGAGACAGUGACUACAGCGGCUAGAUGACUACUUCCUUGAACUACAGGCACUGGCGUGCGGUUGUGCCGAACGCCUCAGACCCAUGGGCGGAUCUUCAUGUAUAACGGACUCCUCGGAGCUUAUGAAGACAUACCCUGAACGUUCGCAGUACGCA